ACAGUGUCAGUUUAUUACAUUAUUAUGCAUUGUUUUCACUUGUUCUCAAUCGUUUUAUCAUAUAGUAAUCAUACGUUGUUUGUGACGGUACGUAAAACAUAAUAUCAUAUACACAACGUGGUGCAUAAACUGGAAAAAAUUAAGGCUACUGUGUGCUCUAGUGGCCAAUUGUUAAGUUCGUCCUCCAUUGGGGGACAUUAUUUGUAAGCAGAUUAAUUUUCGAUGUGCAUGUUGGCCAUAUCUUCGGUCGCCGUCUUGUAAUCUUGUAUAAUGUUUAUGGCGCAUUUAUGAAUAAAGGAAGGUUGUUCAUCACGUGUUUUCUUUUAAAAUGCAGUUCAUGAAUUUAACAUUAUUUCGUAUGAUAUAGAAUAGCAUGAGAUAAAUUUCUGCGACUUUAUUUAACUCGCCUUUCAUACAAUAAAAUUGUGAUAAUAUGGUAUCAAAAGCUACUAGGGAGAUAGGGACGGAGCUCGCAGUUAAAUACACAUUUCGUAACAGGCGGCAGUUACAUUCACAGGUUCACAAGGAUGUGUGUAAGCAAGGGAAGCCCUCUCCCGAAAAUGAUCUAUCAGAUAUGAAGAAGGGUACUACGAAAGCCAGAACUUCUAGAAGACGUCAUGUGUCAGUUGCUUUCGAUGAUAAUGUCUACAAGGAGCCAAUGCAAAAAGAAGGUAUAAAUCAUGGCAACUCAGAAGCAAGAGAUGCAGAAAACAAGAAGUCAAAGUGGGAGCCGAAGAACUGGCACGAAAUUGUUAAUAAUAUACGAGAAAUGAGAAAGCAACGAGAUGCUCCAGUAGAUACAAUGGGAUGUGAUAAAUGUGCAGAUGAAAGUGCCCCACCAGAGGAAACAAGAUACCAUUCCUUGGUAUCUCUUAUGCUGUCCAGUCAAACAAAAGAUGCAGUGACAUAUGCAGCUAUGCAGAAACUUCGGCAGCAUGGAUUGACAGUGCCCAAUAUUCUUGCUACAGAUGACAAAACUCUUGGAGAACUUAUAUAUCCAGUGUCAUUUUGGAAGAGUAAGGUGAAUUAUAUAAAAAAGACCACACAAAUUCUGCAAGAUGAGUAUAAUGGGGACAUACCAGACAGCGUGGAGAAACUGUGCAAGUUGCCAGGUGUUGGGCCUAAGAUGGCCCAUUUAUGCAUGAAGACAGCCUGGGGAGUACUUACUGGAAUAGGUGUAGAUACACAUGUCCACAGGAUUUCAAACAGACUGGGUUGGGUCCCAAAGGCUACCAAGACACCUGAAGCAACGCGUGUUGCCCUGGAGUCAUGGCUGCCAACAGAGUUGUGGGAUGAGGUGAAUAAUUUGAUGGUUGGGUUUGGUCAGCAGGUAUGCAAGCCUGUGAAUCCUCUUUGCAAUACCUGCCUCAACAAGACCCUGUGUCCUUUUGGUCGUUCACAGUGCAGGGGCAAACAAUAAAGUCUCCAAGACCUAUCAACUUGAAAACCCAAUUUUACUGAUCAAUAAAUAAUUACAGCAUCAUGUUGUAGAGCUAGUCAUAUGUGUCACUUCCU